GAGCUACUUUCUCCUUCUGAUAUCCUCCGGCCUGGGCCACCUGAAAAGCUUUCAUUUCUUCGCCGCAUUGGAGACGGUGCACACUUUGUCGUCAAAUGCUCCGGCACGUCCGACUUUCCACGGGAGGGACAUCUGGUGCACCGUUUGCUUUCUAAGCCGCCCCGGUCUGAUCGUCGGAACAAGAUGCCCUCCGUAGAAGUACGGGACAUCAGACCGAAUGUGUGGCUCAUGAUCAGCCCGCUCAACGCAACCUUCGACUCCCCAGGAUCUCAAACACUGCCUAUCCCGAAUCUAGUAUCCACUGAGGAUUUCUUCGGCUUUGAUGAGCAGAUAAGUAACGGUUGUUUGUUAUCUGAGAUGUCAUCAGACGUACCUUAUUUGCAGUGUAGGCAGGCAAGUUACUCGCAAACGAUUGCGCACUUCGAUCUCUCCGUGCUGUGCAUCAUUAUGCAGCAUCCCACGACUCAACCCCGACGACGGCAUCGGAUGGACUUGGAAUCACCCGUCUCGUUCAACAUCGACAAUCCUUCCGCGGCCAGACCACCCAUCGACGAGACUCAGGGAACAGCUUAUAAUGAAUUAGCAAGCGAUUCGAUCCCUUUGCCUUUGAUGUGGGGUAUGAUCAUGCUAGGAGUCUCUGAGGUGCAUUUUCUCAUCAGGUUGCGGGAUCGUCUGGUGGGCGUGCAUCGCGAUUGCAUUUGCUUGUGCUGGGAGCAUUGGCACGAGCCGUGACGGCUUUUGAACCCACCGCUUCUCGAUGAAGGCUGUGCUCCAACGACUGACAGAGGAAUGCACUCGACUGAGGGAAUUCAUAGAGAAUGUCGACAUCGGGAGAAGGCGCUAGGUUCGUGUCCAGUCGAACCCGACCGGGGCAGCUCUUGUCAUCUGUCUGUUCUGCUACGAGGACAGUGACCAAGAGGUUGAAUUUGUUCCAGGGCUCCGUCCAAAACAACUCAAGGCCAACCUACAACAGCCUGGAUGUCUUUGAUGCAAACAGCGAUAGCUCGAUGUUCCGCCCGUUGAUUGUAUGACGUGUAUUAUAAAGCUCAGGUUACACACCAUAUGCAUGGCAAAUGACACUGAACAGUCGAGUAGUCUUACAACAGCCUUCAAUCAAUCUCAACCCCAAGUACACUCUGAUAUCGCACGACCACCGAUCUGUAUUAUGGUCAUGCAGUUCUCGCUAUCAACUGGCGUUCAGAGUUGAUGGCAAAAGAGUCUUAUAAAGCGAGGGUCAUCCACGGAGGCUUGGUCGGACGCUGCAGUGGCUAGUUGACGGCUAGCCUCGAAACUGGAUCGCGUUGCUGUUAAUCAUCCGGCAAACCGUCACACUCAUUGCCCGCGUGGCCUAUUGUACAUUCCAUUAGAUCGAAGCAGAUGUCUUGAGCGAACAAGAUCGCACUCUGCAAUUGGUUGUGCG